AUGAAGCUGUUCUCUUUGCUUUCAUUCCUUAGUUGUUUUCUUUUUCUCGUUUGUUUCUCGCUUUUUUAUUUCUCUGUUCGUCCUCCUCCUCGGCCUUUCUCUCUGUUCGUCCUCCUCCUCGGCCUUUCUCUCUGUUCGUCCUCCUCCUCGGCCUUUCUCUCUGGCCUUUCUCUCUGUUCGUCCUCCUCCUCGGCCUUUCUCUCUGUUCGUCCUCCUCCUCGGCCUUUCUCUCUGUUCGUCCUCCUCCUCGGCCUUUCUCUCUGUUCGUCCUCCUCCUCGGCCUUUCUCUCUGUUCGUCCUCCUCCUCGGCCUUUCUCUCUGUUCGUCCUCCUCCUCGGCCUUUCUCUCUGUUCGUCCUCCUCCUCAGCCUUUCUCUCUGUUCGUCCUCCUCCUCAGCCUUUCUCUCUGUUCGUCCUCCUCCUCAGCCUUUCUCUCUGUUCGUCCUCCUCCUCAGCCUUUCUCUCUGUUCGUCCUCCUCCUCCUCCUUUCUCUCUGUUCGUCCCUCCUCCUCCUUUCUCUCUGUUCGUCCUCCUCCUCAGCCUUUCUCUCUGUUCGUCCUCCUCCUCAGCCUUUCUCUCUGUUCGUCCUCCUCCUCCCAGCCUUUCUCUCUGUUCGUCCUCCUCCUCGUUUCUCUCUGUUCCCUCCUCCUCAGCCUUUCUCUCUGUUCGUCCUCCUCCUCCCAGCCUUUCUCUCUGUUCGUCCUCCUCCUCAGCCUUUCUCUCUGUUCGUCCUCCUCCUCAGCCUUUCUCUCUCUGUUCGUCCUCCUCCUCAGCCUUUCUCUCUGUUCGUCCUCCUCCUCGGCCUUUCUCUCUGUUCGUCCUCCUCCUCAGCCUUUCUCUCUGUUCGUCCUCCUCCUCAGCCUUUCUCUCUGUUCGUCCUCCUCCUCAGCCUUUCUCUCUGUUCGUCCUCCUCCUCCCUUUCUCUCUGUUCCUCCUCCUCCCUCCUCUCUCUCUCCUCCAGUUCGUCCUCCUCCUCAGCCUUUCUCUCUGUUCGUCCUCCUCCUCAGCCUUUCUCUCUGUUCCUCCUCCUCCUCUCUUUCUCUCUGUUCGUCCUCCUCCUCAGCCUUUCUCUCUGUUCGUCCUCCUCCUCAGCCUUUCUCUCUGUUCGUCCUCCUCCUCAGCCUUUCUCUCUGUUCGUCCUCCUCCUCAGCCUUUCUCUCUGUUCGUCCUCCUCCUCAGCCUUUCUCUCUGUUCGUCCUCCUCCUCAGCCUUUCUCUCUGUUCGUCCUCCUCCUCCUCCUUUCUCUCUGUUCGUCCUCCUCCUCAGCCUUUCUCUCUGUUCGUCCUCCUCCUCAGCCUUUCUCUCUGUUCGUCCUCCUCCUCAGCCUUUCUCUCUGUUCGUCCUCCUCCUCAGCCUUUCUCUCUGUUCGUCCUCCUCCUCAGCCUUUCUCUCUGUUCCUCCUCCUCCUCCUCAGCCUUUCUCUCUGUUCGUCCUCCUCCUCAGCCUUUCUCUCUGUUCGUCCUCCUCCUCAGCCUUUCUCUCUGUUCGUCCUCCUCCUCGUCCCUCCUCCUCGGCCUUUCUCUCUGUUCGUCCUCCUCCUCUCGCCUUUCUCUCUCUUCGUCCUCCUCCUCGGCCUUUCUCUCUGUUCGUCCUCCUCCUCGCCUUUCUCUCUGUUCGUCCUCCUCCUCGGCCUUUUCUCUGUUCGUCCUCCUCCUCGGCCUUUCUCUCUGUUCGUCCUCCUCCUCGGCCUUUCUCUCUGUUCGUCCUCCUCCUCGGCCUUUCUCUCUGUUCGUCCUCCUCCUCGGCCUUUUUUCUUUUUCGGGCUUUCUAUUGCUAUAUUUUUUUUGUUUACAAUAACUUUCCUCUUUACCUUUCUAUAAAUUAUUUAUUUUAA